UGUUUUUUUAUUUUCCUUCUUUCUCUCUUCUCCUCCUCGACUUCUCCAGAACCAGAAGAAACAGAGCCAUUGAGAACUCUUUUUGAUUCUCUCUCAUUGGUUUUUCCCGGCACCUAUAUAUCUUUGUCUUCACCCACAUCACAGCUGUUUGACUUGUGUGUGACUACAUUGCCCGUGAGAGAUCUCAGCCGAGGAGCCGAAGCGGCUUUGUUGGUUUUUCUUGUUUUUGAAGAAAGGUUUUUGGAGUUUUUGAUAUAUACGUGGGGUGUUUUUUUGGUUUGGAGUUUCUUUUGUAAGACGCCAUUGAUUCUGGUGUAAAGCAGAGACUGGUUUUUUGUUGGUACUUUUUGCUCUGUCCGAACACAACACGUGGAUGUUGGCGUGAUAUGCCGGGGUUCGGUGGAUUAAAUAGUUGUAGUGCUUUGUUGUUGUGUGCUGAGAGGAGGGGUGUGUUGCAAUUGGGAAGAAUUUGAAGCAGAUCUUCGGGGAAAUUUGAGGUGGGAGAAGAUGAUGAGGAUGAAGAACAAGACGAGUUCAGGUGUGGGAGUGUCAAUGUCAAGUAUGAAUGGAAGUUUAGGAGCAGCAGGGAAUGGUGGGAGUGAGACUGGGACUGGGGAGUGGGAGGUCAGGCCGGGAGGAAUGUUGGUCCAGAAACGGAAUCCGGACUCUGAUCGGAACCUGGCGCCUCCGCCGAAAAUUCGUGUCCGGGUCAAGCACGGGUCUGUGUAUCAUGAAAUCAGUAUUAGCGCGCAAGCUUCCUUUGGGGAGUUGAAGAAAAUGCUGGUCGGACCGACGGGUUUGCACCACCAGGAUCAGAAGCUGAUAUUUAAAGACAAGGAGAGGGAUUCAAAGGCCUUUCUUGACAUUUCCGGGGUCAAAGACCGAUCAAAGAUUGUGUGUGUUGAAGACCCUCUUAGCCAGGAAAAGCGGUAUGUUGAGAUGAGGCGCAAUGCCAAAAUGGAGAAGGCAUCAAAGUCUAUCUCUGAAAUCAGCUUGGAUGUAGACCGGCUCGCCGGUCAGGUGUCUGCUCUUGAAACAAUUAUUACUAAGGGCGCAAAAGUCGCAGAACAGGAUGUUCUUAAAGUGAUUGAGCAGCUGAUGAAUCAGUUGCUUAAGUUAGACGGUAUUGUGGGAGAUGGAGAUGUGAAGUUGCAGAGGAAAAUGCAGGUGAAAAGAGUUCAGAAGUAUGUUGAAACUCUGGAUGUAUUGAAAAUCAAAAACUCCAUGCCUAGUAGUAAUGGAGGUCAUAUUCCAAAACAAGCUCAUAGUCAUAGACAAGUUCAUUCCAACGGCAAUGGACGUGUCCUAACACCAAUUCAAGAGCACCAACCAAGGCAUUCACUUGGGAAUUCACCUACAACCCAGCAGCAAGGGCAAAAGCAGCAGCUACAACAACAACAGCAACAACAGCAACAACAACAGCAACAACAAUCGUCAAGGCAUUCGACAUCGGGGCCAAUUGUUACCACGCAGUGGGAGACUUUUGAUAAUAUGCCGCCAUUGAUUCCAAUCUCGUCAACAUCUACAUCCACAACCUCAGCAGCCAAUGGUUCUACCUACCGUAAAUUUAAUUGGGAGUCGUUCGAGUAAAGCCAUAUACCUAUUGUUUGUGAUUGAGUGUCUGUGUGUGUCUUUGGAUGUGUUUUGAUAUUGUAUCCUAAACGGUUUGCAUUCUUUUCUGUACUUAGAAAAUGUUUUCGACCCCUUUUACUCUGUCAUUGUUCACCAGAAAUAAAUGGGGUUACUCCAA